CGUCGCCGUGGUUACCGACGACGCCGCUGCGCGCUGGGAUCAGCUGACGCCGCGGGUGAGCGAUGGCUAGCUGGGCUGUCCCAUCGCCCAACGCGGAGGCAUCUUCUGCGGAGUGGGAGCUGAGGCCUCCUUCCUCUCUGUGGCUACUGAUAGAGGAAAAUGUACCCCCCGCGGAGCGGGGCGAGGUCAGGGCCGCGCUGGGAGAUGGGGCCGUCACCUAUAGCCAGGAGCUGCAUGCAGAGAUGGAGUGCUUGUUGGAGAUUUGGAGGGAAGUAUGCUCUGAGAACGGAGCAAUCCAGGACACCGUUGUCCAGCAAUCCCGACCUCGCCCGCUGGCCGACCCGCCAUCUGUGAAGGCCAUGCUGCGGCAGGAGAUUCGGCUGCUGCUGCUUGGCCUGCGAGAGAAGGCACGCCAGCAUGGACGGGAUGAAACGGAAGUGAUGUCGCGGUACAGUCAAGAAGUGGUGGAAUUUGCAAUGGACACACGGUCGCCCAGCCUUCCUGUGGCCUCACAGCCACCUGGGUCCUACAAAGAUCCAGGAGGCGGCUCUGCCGGCAGGCAGAAGCUUAGGCACCCAUCCACUGGCGGAAUCCUGAAGGACCCCAUUCAUCCAAAGUGGGGGAUUACCAGGCCACGCACAGCAGCAGUGCCACAACAACUCAGGCCCUUGUCGAGUCUGUCGAUGUCUUCAAACCUGCCAGACGAAAUUGAGGCUCUGAAGGAGAAACUCAAUGUGAGCCGCAUUGAUGAGGUGAUCGAACAUCUUCGGAGUUUGCUUAACGAAGAAUGCAGUACUUUGGAGAAAGACAUCCAAAGUUUGCAGGAACACUUGGCGGAGGGGCGCAGGGGACCGGCAUUGCCGAGGAAUGAGCCUUCCAUCACAGAGCUCAAGGAGCAGCGCAAGGUCCUGGAGAGUGAUCUGCGGGUCAUGUCAGCCGAAGAGAGGACGUCGGCACCCGCGCUCACGACGCGCACACUCAGGCACGUGACAUUGUUCUUCCUGGUGAUUUUAGGGAAAAUCCAUGACCGCAGCCGUGUUGACAGGGUUCCUCACGCCGUUUCUGCCAGAUCACCCGGUGAAGCGUUGGCCCCUAAAGCGGCGACGGUUCGACUACCGCCACCCUCCCCUCUCACGCCGGAUAACGAUGAGUCCCCCGCAACUCAGCAGGGAGGAUUCUACCCGGGUAGGCCACCUCCAACGGCCCCCCUUCGUCAUCCACACACAACCCAGGCUCCAUUUAAUCCCUCCGAGCGACAAUUCGCCGAAUCUCAGAAUCCAUCAAGUCCAGCACCUUGUGACGGACAACGCUUGCAAGUGACUCCCAGAAGCCAUGACAGGGAAGAGGAGGACACCGAUGGAUGCGAUAGUGAGAUAACGGGGAGCGGUGACAUCUUGGAGGUUCGCACGUCGGCCGGUUUGGCUGAAGGGAGGCGGCCGCUGGUGUGUGCGAGAGGUGUUCCGGUGCUGACACCUCUGACAAUGGGCACCCGGGCGGCGCUCACACCUAUGCCACAUGCACGGGAGAUGUCGGGAGCCCGGCUGUUGAUGCCCACGCCACCCAAAGGAGCCAGGCCGCUGGGAAAACAUGCUAGGCCAGCACACAGGAUCAGGAUGACGCUCGCCGAUGGAGUACCUUGAUGGCACAUGCUGCGUGCCCCCUCUUACGGCAGGCUGAUGUGGGCCCGCAGGCCAUUUCUGCAUUCACAGUUGAUGCUGGGGGGUCCCCUUGGCUAGACUACAGCAAGGCAUUGCAAGCACUUCGGAGUUGCUGAGGCAUUUAAGCAACCUAUACAUGUGAAAUGUUCGGUCUAAGAUGUGCAGUGUUUAUUUUUCAGCAGGUUCCCCUGGGGCUUUCUUUUGUGGUCAGCAUGCAACAAUAGCAAAUAAGGUUGUUUUGAGACAUCAGUAUCUCUACCGGAGACUUGAGAUCACAGUUUGUUGUUGGUUAAAUAACAAGCUGAGCUGCUGGAAUUGCAUUGAAAAGUAAUUCGUCUUGAUUUCUAACUCGUUUGGGGCAUUCUAUUAAGUAGAAAGCAUUGCCAUUUUAUUGUUUGGAAGCUGUUGCUCCUUAAACAAAAAUUGUGAAUGCACUCUGUGAACAUACUCUUUGGUUUUUUCGGCAAAGUGACGUAGGUAGAAAAUAAAAUAAAUUACAUUAAAUUUUUAUUUUAUUUUAUACCGACGUGACUUUACCGAAAGAACCAAAGGGUAUGGAUUCCUGCAGUCACGAAAACUUAAAAUCUACACUCUGUGAACAUCAAGGGCUUAGGCAGAAUUUGGAUGGUGCUCUAAUGGAACAGAUUUCUUCUUAAGAUCCUUUGUAAAUAUCACACCGGAACGAAUUGGUCUAUAUUAAAGCCAUCUUGAAUAUAUUUAAUCGACGGGAGCUUUAUUUGUCUUAUCAGAAUUCACAUUUUAACUGCAGUGUUGUUGUUGUUUGCCACCUAGUGGGCAAUCUAGAAAGCAGCAUUCGGGUCUGUUAGUCAAGCUUCAGAACACCAUGGAAAUUGUACGGCCUAAGGCAUGUAGUCUAUCGCCAGCAAUGUAAAACACUUAUAAUUACAUUAUGCCCCAUGAAACACAAAAAAACAUUUUAUUUGCUGUCGGGAAAAAUUCAUUUUUUUCUAUCAAUUGUAUACUCAUCACAGCCAACAUCUCGAAAUUCAUCGGACCUCCCCAUGGCCCAUUCUUUCAGGUGUACCAGUAUACCCAAUUAUGCCAUAAACUACGUGGCUGUGGAACAAAUGUAGGAAAUUGAACCGAUGCUCAAAAUGUUAAUGUCGGCCUCCGUUGAGGCUUGAUGACCGGCAUUUGAGAUGCUCGCUGCCUGUGGGGCAGGAACACACCCUGUAUGUUGGCUUUGCCCCACACUGCAUUUGGCGUCUGUUUAUACAGUAGUACCAGUCGACCGGACAUAGGGGGCAACGGAAGACCGCUGGAUGUGACUUGCAAUCUGCUUGCAAAAUAAAGGACGGUUAUAGGUACGUUCUUGGAAAUCUGUAAAGGGCCUUUUGUAGGGGAUUAGUAGGAUACAUGGUAAACACUCGACACAUAACGAUGCGUUGAUUCGUCGAAUAAAAUACAUGGUAUGCAUUUGGAAUGCUUAUGAUACGUGUAGCAAAUUACAUUGGUGAGAAUUUAUACUAAUAAUAUGCGAAUGUAAUACUAUAUUGAGUGAGCAGGCAAGUAUUAAUACUACCAUGGCAUAUGAACAAUACAAAAUAGAAUGUAAAAAAUAGAUAAGAGUUUAUUAUUUAUUAAAAUAAUGACCCCAAAUCAUAGAAAUGCAUCAAAUCUCUGAGUAGGUGACUUAUUACAUGCCCUGUGCAAAUCCCAUAUUUCCAUGCAGAACACUCAACGACAGAUUUUACUACUAAUUUUGCUACAUCUUUGUUGAACGGGUGAUUCUGCGUCUUCGAGCACGCGACUUGCAAAUCUGUGCAUUGUAAGUUUCAAUCCUGAUGAGGGUUUCAUUCAACUAUUCAUGCCUUGGGGGAACGAUAAAACAGGUACCACUUAAUCAGAACUCAACAGUCGUUUUAUGGACACUGUGAGACAAUAGUAAUUCCACCACUGGCUCAAGGUCAUAAACAUGUGAUGAGCACUGACCCACACUCAGUUUACUGAGUAAACACUUCAAGGUUUGUUUGUUUUUUGCCUGCCACGUCUAGCCAAAUACACUGUCCAGUUUGCGAGUCGUCUCAAUUACGGGAUGUGGCCUUUAAAAACAUAACACCAUAGCACCGCUCCACGCGUAUUCAAUAGUCAGAAGAGAAUUGCCCUCAAGCCCUCUAAAACUCCCCCGGCGAACUGCAACUACCCCUGCCCCGUGGCCAACGUGCACCCCCAAUUCGCUUCCUCACCCUUGCCCUUAGAAUGAAUGCUUGUGCAUUUUUCUUCCCAAGCAACGGAAGGUAAAUGGGUGCAUAUCCCAGCGGUGCCUGGAAAACCAGCAGCCUGUAACAGCCACCGCUUUGUAUCUGCCAUUAGUGCCUCCCCCUUACUUGCACCUCCCCAACUAUUUUUACAUUCAAAUGUAUAUAUUUUUUCACCAUCACUGCAAAACAGUCUUGAGCCACAUUAUCUGGAGUGCUUAUUUUACAAUUGUGCUCUCGGAUUUCCCUAAACUGUUGCCAGAGUAAAUACAGUAUGUCGAUGUACAGCUCCUUUGCCAAUCUGCUUCUGGAUGAGGGCCUUCCCAGACAGGGCAGACCAUUACUUCACCAUACUUGCCAAUGUGGGUUGGUGAAGGCGUGGAGCAUUAAUGUGGAACCAUAAAAGUACAGUACAGUACUGUUUUCCAGUGGAUGUUGCUGCAUUGCCUUUUGCUGCCAGCAACUUAGCCUCGAAUAAAUAUCCACGAGUAUUUACAAUGAACAUUAUAUAGAUACAACCGUAAUGUCUGAGUGAAUUGGUCCAUCAUCAGCUAAAAAGUUGUGUGCUUUACUAUUUGUGAGAGAGAUAAAAGGCCAUAUUGGAAAAGAUAUACCCAUUCAGUAUGUGUGUAUAUAUGGAGUGGCACCCAGAUGUCAGUCACCAAGAUAAAGACCUCCAGCCAGAUGAAGGGAUAAUGUAAGAACAGAACUUGGAGGUCAGGUGUCAACGUUACAAUUGCUCCGUGGUCUAGCAGCAGAAAGAGGUGAGGUGUUGAACGUAUUUUUAUUUUUUACUUCUUUUGCACCGUACAUAGCCAACUGUGUUAAACUGCUGUAGCAUCAACAGCAAUGUCUAAUUUUUACUUUGCCCAGAAAAGUAUAGAAUUCUCCAGACGUUUUCAAGCGUGGUCUGCUUGAGAUAUUUAGCCAAUGCAUGUUGUAAUUUUCCAUAUGUGAGGAAACUCGACGGCGGUGUUUUGGUGUACAUCUAUAUCUCAAACUCUGCCAGACGCUGUAGCUGCCACAGUUUUAGUGAACGUGACAUCUGUUGAGCACAAAAGCGCCCGUGACCAAUGCUCUGUGCCGCGAUUAUUAAUGCACAAGGGGCGGCUGACGGGGGGAGUUGAGAGUCCCUUGAAUUGCAGGUUUAUUGCUGUCGAGCUGGCGCUACUGCCAAAGCCACUUUCAGUCUUGUAGAGGACAGAGAAAAAAGCAAUUGGUCACAGGCAUCAGUCUGACUCUUGCAUUGUUACUUUAGACUUUCGAGACUGUAUAAGCGGGGAGAUAUUCACGCACGUUACUAAGAAACCAUCAAUAGCAUCUAUUAGCUGAAAAUCCACAGCCAGAUAACACUCAAUGAGAUCAGCACACAUUAGGAUGCAUAUGCACACAAGUACAACACUUUUCCAAUGUAUUGACACAUGACUCUUUCUGGUACCAAAGACCCCCUAUGUGCAUCCCAAAUCAAGGACAAAGUCACCCUUCAAGGUCCUUCUGGACUCCCACCUGCCUAUCUCUCCUUUAUCAUAUGGCUCUGCUCGCCUCUUAUGUGCUUUCAUCUCAAACUUACCCAAGGGCCUUCUAUCGAGACCCCAAGGCAACCUUCUCUCAUUGGCAGGUCACUCUUUCUCUGCUGUGUCCGCAACUCCCUCCCACUGAUUAUGUUAUUCACACCACUGAGAAAAUUGUCCCGGUGCAAUCUGGAUUUAAGACUUUUUAAUCUUCUGUCUCCCUACGAGCAGUCUUAAUUUGUUAAUGUACCAUAAUGCCACCCUUACCUUCUGUGCCUUGUAGUCUGUUAACGCCUCCACUACUCUCUGAAAUAACCCCCCAUCAAAGCCUCCCUUGCCAAUGUGGCACCGUAUAGUCAAACAACCUCCAGCGGUGGAUGGAUAAAGGGUCAUACAUUGUUUAGUCAUUUAUUUUUCGGACAAUACAGGUGACAGAGUAUCAGCCAGUGGAAGGAUAAUGCCUCAGAGAACAACCGCUGAGGAGAUGGAGUGAUGAGAAUAGCUCAUGCGCGAGACCGAGAUAGUUUUUGGGAUUUACAAGAUUGUGGCAUUGCGUGGUGACGGCGUGGGUAGGCAUUCAUCCAGCAGUGGAGAGAACAAGACUGCUUGUUAUUUCGUGGCUGCUGUUGAAUUAUGGAGCCCCGAAUAGUUGUCACGUUUAUCACGUGGUUUAUUUUUAAUCACUUUGCUGUACAGAAAUUGUCGUGAAUACUUCCGCAUGAGGGUCUUGAGUUUCAGGUGGUUGACUAAAAAUA